AUGUCACAUCCCAUUCUUUCCCGCAUUCGUGAUCUACAAGACGGGUGUCUUUUCCUCUCACACACUAUUGGUCUACCCCUGUACCAAUCAUCGGACUCCGACCGGCCCCCAACAUUCCGACCAAGAGAGCAUCUUGAGAGUCUGAUCGUAAAGCACGGUUACCCCACACCCGUGUCGCUCUCAUCCCUAAGGGAUUUGACGGCUACUUCAUCUACUUAUACUCCCCCUUCACCCCGCCGUCCACACCACCCGAACUCCAUUCCGAUCGACGCCUUGGAGUCACUUUCGCUGUCAUCAGCCACAAGACCCAUUCCCAUUCCAAGACGACCCAGUUCAACUUACGAAGAAGACUUGCCUGUCACACCGCUGACUGGCCGUUUUGAUCACGACGACUACUUUGACGAUUGGGAACGCGCGUCUCAAUCCGCAAGAACCCGGCAUAUCCCUUCGCCGAUCCGGUCCAACCGUACCGGCCGUUAUUCAUCCAGACAGCAACCACCAAGGACAAGGAUGCGGUCUGAUAAUUCACCCUUCUAUUCCCCGGUUGCUUCCCCAGUCAUGUCGCCGCGACGCUCAACGUCGCCUCAACCCCCUCUUUCUCGAACUCAGAACACAGCCAAGCCAAAGCCCAUGCAAGGCUUCCAUCUCGGCAACUUGCCGCGAUUCCAUCCUGCUGUUUACCAGCCCAAUGCCACUUCUUCUGCCGUGGGCCCUCCCUCUCCGCGGCAAUCCCGGCAGCCCACUUACCGUACUUCCGCCAGCUCACGAGGUGAUAUGAUGUGGCAGUACCGCGAUUUUAUGGAGAAUACCCUUCAAGGUCCCUCCGCGCCCCGCCUGGAUCCGCUGGUCAGUCCUGGCCCCGUCACUCCACUGGCAUUGGAGGCCGGUGACUACCUCACCAGUGGCUCGGUGAACAACACAUCCGAGCGAACCCCGCGAGAUGUCUCGAAGAACUCUGGACCUCCAGCUGAGCUUGUGGAGAAAUUGAUUGCAUACGAAGAGAAGGCUCGUAAGGCUCGCAAGGCUGCCAAGGGCCGUUGA